CUUCCAGUCUGGAUUUUAAGAGUUUGUGAGUGGCUUUUAAAAAAAUGGGGAGCGAUGUGGUGGAGAUAUUUAAGGAGGACAAGUGCCAAACGAUGCAUUCUGAAGAAUGUUUGCCAAACUUCACAUGGCAGCCUGAGGUCUACAAUUACACGCUGAAUGAAAGCUGGCCCCCGGAGCCCAUGUCUCCUAUCAUCCCCAUCAUAACUACCUUGUACUCGGUAGUGUUCGUGGUGGGGUUAGUGGGAAACUGCCUAGUAAUGUAUGUCAUCAUCAGAUACACAAAAAUGAAGACUGCUACCAAUAUCUACAUCUUUAACCUGGCUAUGGCGGAUGCUCUUGUGACAACCACAAUGCCCUUCCAGAGCACGGACUACCUGCUCAACUCGUGGCCUUUUGGUGAAGUGGUCUGUAAAGUCUUCAUCUCCAUCGACUACUACAACAUGUUCACCAGUAUCUUCACCCUGACCAUGAUGAGUGUGGACCGGUAUGUGGCAGUGUGCCACCCUGUGAAGGCCCUGGACUUCCGGACACCUCUCAAGGCCAAGAUCAUCAACAUCUUCAUCUGGGUCCUGUCCUCGGCGGCCGGCAUUCCUGCCAUGGUUUUGGGAAGCACUCAGACCAAUAAUGGCACGACCGAGUGCGCCCUGCAGUUCCCUGAGCCCUACCGCUACUGGGACACCCUGAUGAAGAUCUGCGUGUUCAUCUUCGGCUUCGUGGCGCCCCUCCUCAUCAUCACCGUGUGCUACACCCUCAUGGUGCUGCGUCUGCAGAGCGUGAGGCUGCUGUCUGGCUCGCGGGAGAAGGACCGCAACCUGCGCCGCAUCACGCGCCUGGUGCUGGUGGUGGUGGCCGUGUUCGUCGUCUGCUGGACGCCCAUACACAUCUUCAUCCUGGUCAAGGCCCUCAUGCCCGGCGGCGUGCCCGAGACCACCGAGGUCAUGGCGGCCUACUUCUUCUGCGUGGCCCUGGGAUACACCAACAGCAGCCUGAACCCCAUCCUCUACGCCUUCCUGGACGAGAACUUCAAGAGGUGCUUCCGUGACUUCUGCUGCCCCGGGGUCGGGCGGGGCUCGGGGGGGGACACGUACGGGGUGAGCCGCGUGAGGAGCACGCUGAGGGAGCACGCCUGCACAGCAGAUGGGCGCGGCGGGGAGGCAGGGGGCCAGGGGGGAGGAGGAGGAGGAGGACAGGGGCGGCCCGUAUGA